AUGACAGAAAAGAAAUUUCAUUUUGUUAUUCCAACCGAACAUGUCCGACAUUUCGGAAAGACAUUGCAAGUCUUAACCAAACUCGGAGAAGAAAUUUAUAUUGAAUUGAGCACAAAAACGAACGGUUUAAGUUUUCGAACAGCUAAUCAAUCCCGUUCAUCGUAUUCAUGCAUUACUUUCAAUCGAGAGUUUUUCGAAGAAUGGCCACAUGAUGAUUUACAAAAAGAGAAAAUCAAAUGUCGAAUUUCAGCAAAACGGUGUAUGUCUGCAGUACAUGCUGUCUUGUCCAGUAAAUUAACACGACUCGAACUGAUUUUCGAUGAUCAGAAAUCGAACUUAUCAUUUGUACUUCAUUGUCGAUAUAAUAUUGUCAAGGUACAUUCGUGUUUUUACAUCGAUUGUGAAAAGCUCCAAGCACGUUUUGAUAAACAAUCGUAUAAGAAUAGUGUUUCGAUUAUGAGUAAAACUUUGCAAGAACUAACUGCACAUUUCCCAGCGAAAUGGGAUGAAAUCACGAUUCGUGCAACAAAGGAUCAGUUUCUCAUUAAAAAAUGCGAUGAAAUCGUUCAUGAUGACGAUAGUGUUGUAUAUAGUAUGAACUUCCAAGUCGUUUGCGAACCAAGAGAAUUUAUUAGUUAUGAUAUCCAAUAUAAUUCGGAUAUUACAUUUUGUCUACGAGAAUUUAAAUUUCUGUUAGGUUUAGCUGAUCUCGUUAAUUUACCUAUAACAAUACUUUUUGAUGCUCGUGGACGGCCGAUUAUAUUUUGUUUCGAUGCCGAAGAAUUUUAUUUCGACGGUAUAUUUGUAUUUGCGACGAUUGCAAAUCGAGAAGGUGAAACAGACCCAACAUUUUCAACAUCACACACAAGUGCAAAUGAUGUAUCAACAAUGGAUGAAGAUGAUCUAGUCUCUUAUCGACAAUAUACGAUCAAUACAGCUGGAAUGAAUCGGACUGGUAAAAAACGUCCGGCACCAGUUUCACCACCAAUGGAAGCAACGGUAAAUCAGUUCGACGAAGAAUUUGAUGAUUUCACAGCUACCAAUCCGAAACAAAGAAUCACGACAAACGCUGGAGACACAACCUACACUGUACUCAGCCAACAAUCACUUAUAGGGUUUCAACGAUCCGAAGAUAAUAUGGCUGACAUCACUGAUGACGAAGACGAAGAAAACUAA